AGGUGAGAGGCCGCGAGCUUCCGGGAGGGGAGGUGCGACUAGAGGGCAGGGCGCGCCGGGACCACGGACUCGGGCGCUGGGGGCCCGUGUUUCGCUAGACUCCCAGCCUCCGGGUCUUCUCUGAAGCCCCGCGAAUAAGCCCCCCGACCAGUCCUCUUUGCCCUUGUUUUCUCCACAGACGUCGGCCCAGGCUGGGAGUUGGACCCUCACAAACUCAGAACCUUCGAGGAGCCACCCUUGCUGGGGGAGUCGCUCGAACUCAGACGUCCCAAUCUAGUGCGACCCGGCGGGGUCGGAGGCAGAGGUCACCAUGGAGCAGUGUGCGAGCGUGGAGAGAGAGGUGGACAAGGUCCUGCAGAAGUUCCUGACCUACGGGCAGCACUGUGAGCAGAGUCUGGAGGAGUUGUUGCGCUACGUGGGCCAGCUGCGGGCUGAGCUGGCCAGCGCGGCGCUCCAGGGGACCCCUCUCUCUGCCACCCUCUCCCUGGUGAUGUCCCAGUGCUGCCGGAAGAUAAAAGACACUGUGCAUAAACUGGCUUCGGACCACAAGGACAUUCACAGCAGUGUCUCCCGAGUGGGGAAAGCCAUUGACAGGAACUUUGACUCUGAGAUUUGCGGUGUAGUCUCCGAUGCUGUUUGGGACUCUCGGGAGAAGCAGCAGCAGAUCCUGCAGAUGGCCAUUGUGGAGCACCUGUACCAGCAGGGCAUGCUCAGUGUGGCUGAGGAACUGUGCCAGGAAUCAACAUUGAAUGUGGACCUGGAUUUCAAGCAGCCUUUCUUGGAGUUGAAUCGAAUCCUGGAAGCUCUGCACGAACAAGACUUGGGGCCAGCACUGGAGUGGGCUGUCUCCCACAGGCAGCGACUGCUCGAGCUCAACAGCUCCCUGGAGUUCAAGUUACACCGAAUGCACUUCAUUCGCCUCCUGGCAGGCGGCCCCGAGAAGCAGCUGGAGGCCCUCAGCUACGCCCGGCACUUCCAGCCCUUUGCUCGGCUGCACCAGCGGGAGAUACAGGUGAUGAUGGGCAGUCUGGUGUACCUGCGGCUAGGCUUGGAGAAGUCGCCCUACUGCCACCUCCUGGACAACAGCCAUUGGGCCGAGAUCUGUGAGACCUUCACCCGAGAUGCUUGUUCCCUGCUGGGGCUUUCUGUGGAGUCACCCCUCAGCGUCAGCUUUGCUUCUGGCUGUGUAGCACUGCCUGUGCUGAUGAACAUCAAAGCUGUGAUUGAACAGAGGCAGUGCACUGGGGUCUGGAGUCACAAGGAUGAGUUACCGAUUGAGAUCGAACUGGGAAUGAAGUGCUGGUACCACUCAGUGUUUGCGUGCCCCAUCCUCCGCCAGCAGACAUCGGAUUCCAACCCUCCCAUCAAGCUCAUCUGCGGCCAUGUCAUCUCGAGAGAUGCACUCAACAAACUCAUUAAUGGAGGAAAGCUGAAGUGCCCCUACUGUCCCAUGGAGCAGAACCCAGCAGAUGGGAAGCGCAUCAUAUUCUGAUCCCUGCCUGAGAGGAACUUUGCUGAAAGAGGUUUUUCACCCAUGAACCUUGGCCUAUCUCGGUGGGGGUGGAUGGAUUCCAUGGACUGUGGUUCAUUUCACAGCAACUGGCUGAGAAGUGCUGCCAGGAGGGGCUGAAGCGGCCCUCUGGCAGAGGCUGGGCAGCUGGCUCCUUGGCUAUUAAGAGCAGGGAGACGUGACCUCUGUAUUCUGUCUCUCUCUUUAUAUUUGCUGUUGAUUAAGAGAGAAGCAGAGGACCUGGUGGGCACAGCAGAUGUCUUCCAUCCCUGCCUUCCGCCGGGCCUCUUACUGCCACACCAAGGCUUGUGUCCACUCCAACCACUGCACAGCCUCACAACUGUAUGUGUCCAUUUCCCACUGUAAAUAGUCCGGGUUAGAACUGAAUGCCAUCGUUUUAUAACGCUGAGCAAAUAUAUUCACAGGCCUUCUCCUUACUUCACUUAUCUUUAGCUUCACUGACAAAGAGCCCAGUCAGAAAAACCCAUCCUGCAUCUCUAAUUAGAAAAAGCUGGGCAAUAGCAGACCCUGGGAGGGUGUUACAUAUAUAAAAUCGUAUUACCUCCAUAUUGGAAAUGUAGGAAGUUGAAAUAACUUGCUCAGAAGGCUCACGGCUUAUCCAGAAGAGCAUCUGGAGUUUAAACCAUAUUCAGUCCUCAAGCUCAGGGUCUUUCCAGUCUAUGCCAGGGUGCCAGAGGUUUGGCUGCUGUGUGUACUGAGUUCUUUACUGGGCCUUUGAGAGCAGGAAGGCACCAUAUGUCUAAAAUGUUUGAAGGGAUUAGGUUACUGGGGCCAUUGUGCCGAGCAGGAGAGAUAGCCUGGGGUUCUGCAUGUAGCUGUGUAUAUCUAUUUAAAAUGUACUGUGUGGGUCGGUAAAUUGCUUCUAUCAGCUUCCCAAUGGCAUUUAAGGCUCCUAGGGAGAAAGAAAAGAGGAAUAGGGGUGCCCUUGACAUAGCGCCUACAGGCUUCUCUGCAGUGGGAUCUGGGCUCAGGUGCCUCACCCUGCAGCUCCCGCCUACUCUGGAAGCAGGAGUGGAGAGCUUGGGGGUGAGCAGCAGGGUUUGUUCUCAACUGGAGUCCAGCAUUAGCCCUGGUGGCCAAGCAUUAGCACUGAACUUUCUUGAGGUCCUCGGGUUCUCUAGUGAGAAAGGCUGCUUUGGCUCUUUUCCCCCAUCAGCUCUUUGGCCCUACCAGGAGCUGCUACUUAAAAAAAAAAAAACCCACAGACUCAACAUAUUUUAGUUUUAGCAUUUACUCCCCCCCCCCCCAUCACAUUCUUGGAACUAUCUUCAUUGAAGCUCAACAGGAAACUGCAUUGAUGGAGAAGAUGCUGGCUUUGCUGUCAUGAAAUAGCUACUGGAGCUGUCUGGAAGGAAUAUGUGCUUCGGGGGACCACAGAGAUGCUGUGAGUGUGGGCAGCAGGAGGGCAAUCAGCUGACCUGCCAACAGCCCAACAGCUUCCGGAGCAGGUGCCCAGGGUGUUGCCUAAGUCCUUCACAUGGGUGGGGGCAGGGCUUGCACCUCCUCCAGGCACUCGUCAUAGGCCUCCUGGUAUUCCUCAUGGGGCUUGACCAUUAUCACACAGGUGGGGCGCUUGGAGCCGGCAGCUGCACCCAGGUCCUGCAGAGAAGGAACAGAAGGGCUAUUUGGGAAGAAGGCUAUAUAACCUGUAUACCAGGGAGUCAUAAGCUGAUGAUCCACUGGCCUAAUCCAGCCUAUAGACAUGUGCUAGUCAGUCAGUGUUAAAAAUAUUUUGGGAGUUCCCGUCGUGGCUCAGUGGAAACGAAUCUGACUAGUAUCCAUGAGGAUGCAGGUUCGAUCCCUGGCCUCGCUCAAUGGGUUAAGGAUCUGGCAUUGCUGUGAGCUAUGGUAUAGGCUGGCAGCUACAGCUCCAAUUCAGCCCCUAGCUUGGGAACUUUCGUAUGCCGCAGGUACAGCCGUAAAAAGAUCAGAAAGAAAAGAAAAGGAAAAAAAAUUGAACUGGUUGCCACCGCUUUUUUUUCUUUUUUUUUUAAGGCCGCGCCUACAGCAUAAAGUUCCCAGGCUAAGAGUUGAAUUGGAGCUGCAGCUGGCCUACACCACAGCCUCAGCAACUUGGGAUCCGAGCCAUAUCUGUGACCUACCCAAUUUGCAGCAAUGCUAGAUCAUUAACUCACUGAGCAAGGCCGGGAAUCAAACCCACAUCCUCAUGGAUACUAGUCCAGUUCUUAACCCACUGAGCCACAACGGGAACUCUGGUUCCCACCAUUUAAACACGGCAAACUUGAAUUGUCCAGCAAUACUGGGCCUGUAUUUUCAUGUGGCAACUGUAAAAGGACUCUAUCCCAGCAAGGGUUGUCCCCUGAGGCAGGACCUAUGCUUUCUAGGUCCCUGCCAUCCUCUAUUGGACCCCAGACUGGCCUCUGCUACGUAAGGAUAAGGACAGCUCCAAGUCCCUAGAACACCUCCUCUGAACACUGUGCCCACCUAAUAAGACUAACACAUCCAAGUACACCUUCUAUUUCAUCCCCAACAGCCCAUGGAGAAGGGAAUUCCCAUUUUACAAGAAGGAAAUGGAAGUGCAGAGAGGUAACUUAUCUGCCAUCCCUCAUCUAGGAAGGAGCAAAGCCAAGAAUCCACCCAGGCCUAUCUUUUAACUCCAAAGCUCAGGCUCUUUCCCACUAUGAUCUGCUGCCACAUACCUUAUCCCAAGCCUCCUUACCGUCUUAGAGGGGAUAUAGACGUAGGGCAAAUUCCGGUCUUCACACAUAACUGGGAGAUGGCAGUAUACCUCAACAGGUAACGUGUCUCCUGCCAAAACCA